AUGAUUAAACUUGGCGAAAAUUGUCAAGCAAAUAUUAUACAUAAUGAUAAUAAUACUACUCAUAUUAGUAGUAUAACUACACUAAAUGACAAUGACACAAAUUUGAAUAUAUCUUUAUUAAAAAAUCAAAUAGAAUUUUAUUUAAAUGAUAAUACACCAAAAAAUUCUAAAAUUGGUAAUAUUUUUACAAAAAUUCAACAACAACAACAACAACAAAAAGGCCAUGAAUACAAUUUUCUACGUUCAAUUUUAAUUCCAAGCACAUAUUUUCAAUUAACUAGUCAAGGUGAUUUAUAUACUACUACUACAGAACAAAAUGAAUUAGAUCGUGAUUUGAUUUGUCAACAAUUCGAUUGUUGCACAAAAGAUUCUUGUCAAAUUAAUUUGGAUGCAUAUUUAUUUACUAGACAUCCAAUACCAAUUAAAAUCCCGAUACGUAUUUGGAUUACUGAUCAAAAUGACAAUGCUCCAUUAUUUCCUAAAUCUAAUCUAGUUUACCCAAAUAAUAGGCAAAUGUUACAAGGUGAUAAUCGAGAAAAUGUAAGUAUUUAUGAAUUGGUUAUACCAGAAUCUACACCUAUCGGUAGUAGAUAUUCCCUACCUAUGGCUGUAGAUUUAGAUUCACCUCGGUAUGGAAUUAAACAAUAUAGAAUGCAUGAACUAUUAUUACGUAACAAUAAUCAUGACGAUUUCAACACAAACUCACCAUUCAGUUUAAUUCAUCCUACAAAACAAAAUCUACAAUCACCACUUGGAUCACCUCAAUUACAGGUGGAUCAAUUAUUGGAUCGUGAAGAAAAAUCCAUGUAUUAUUAUCGACUAAUUGCGGAAGAUCACGGUGAGCCAGCGUUGAGUUCCACAAUCCUGUUACAUAUUAAAAUCGAGGAUGUCAAUGAUAAUGCGCCUAUUUUCAUGAAUUCAAGUACAAAUCUAAUACCUUUUAAUAGUAGUAACGAUGAUAUCAGUAUUUAUAUUAUGGAAAAUCUUACUGUAGGCACAAAAAUCUUUCAAUUUUAUACUGUUGAUUAUGAUCAAGGUGAAAAUAAUAAUGUCAGUUAUUGGAUUGAUUGGAAAUCAAUAUAUGGUGAUGUAGACCAAUUCAAUGUUCAAUCUAUUCAAUCGAAAUAUUCAUUAAAUCCAUUGACUGGUGAAUUGAUCAUUUCAAAUAAUUUAGAUUAUGAAAAUGAAUUUGAACGUAAAUUGACUUUAUUAAUACAAGCUAUGGAUAAUGGUUUGCCAAGAUUAACAACAAGUUUAACAUUUAUCAUUCAUUUAAUUGAUAUAAAUGAUAAUGAUCCAGAAAUUGAAGUGAUACAACCACAAACUACUAAUGAAAUUCACAAUUUGAGUAGUACACUUAACGUAGGUGGCGUUGAAAAUUCGGCAUUGUUUUAUGAAAAUGAUCCAACACCACAAUUAUUACGAUUAUUAUCUGUAAAAGAUAAAGAUCAUUGUUCAAUUAAUAAAAUCACAUGUCAAUUAAUUGAUGAACAAGAAAAUCUUGUCAAUUUUCAAUUAAUUUCUUAUUCAAACAAUGUUUAUGGUUUAUUGAAUCAACGUGAAUUUGAUUAUGAACAAGAGACGAAUGAAUUAGGUCAAAUUUUAGCUGGUAUUCAAUGUUUCGAUAUGGCAGAACCAAUAAAAUUUAUUAAACAAUGGUUAACAAUACCAUUAGGUAAUUUAAAUGAUAAUUGGCCACAAUUUAAUCAAACAAAUUAUCAAUUUUCAAUCUAUGAAAAUUUACCCAUUCAUACACCGGUUGGUUAUAUUCAUGCUACAGAUUUAGAUUCCGGUCCAAAUGGUCAGUUAAUAUAUGAAUUAAUGUCAGAAAAUGUAGAAUAUCUUAAUUUUAUUAAAAUUGAUGCUAACUCUGGAAUUCUUUACACAAAUAGUCUAUUAGAUAGAGAAUUAAUUAGUAGUCUUCAUUUUUUCGUGACAGUAUCCGAUAAUGGAAUCACUACUGAUCCAUACAACGCUGACAAUCACGAGAAACAGCACAUCAAUUCAACCGCUAAAACAAAUACAACAAGUGUGAAAAUUCAUCUCCUAGAUGUGAAUGACAAUGCACCAAACUAUAUUGGACCAACAGAACUACAUAUGGAAGAAAAUUUACCCAAAGGUACAAUCAUAUUGGAUCGAUUAAAUUUAAUCGAUCCAGAUUUAGAGGAGAAUUCCACUCUGACCGUCAAAUUAGACCCCGAUCAAGUAAAUAAUCAAUAUCCAUUCCAUUCUAAUCCGAUUAUCUCGGUUGAUAAUCAAUUCAAAUUAAUGACAAUUGAUUUAUUGGAUCGUGAAUAUCAAUCAAGUUAUUUAUUCAAAUUAAUUGCCUAUGAUCAUGGUCAAUACAUUAGUCAUACAUGUACCAUCACGUUCACAUUAUUCAUUGAUGAUGUCAAUGAUAAUCCGCCAUAUUUGUUGUAUCCAAAAAAUGCUAGUUUCUUAUUCAAUGAUCAAUCGAAUCAUUUGAAUUGGUUCAAUGAUCAAUUAUUAACCAGUAUCCCAGCGAAUACACCAUUCGGUACAUUGAUCUCAACGAUACGUGGUAAAGAUUUAGAUGCUGGUAAAAAUGGUACAGUGAUUUAUUCAAUUGUACCAAGUAAACAAUAUCAUUUAAAACAAACAUUUCUUGAAAAUAAUCACAAUACUACUACUACUACUACUUAUAUUCAUAAUAAAAAAUCAAAUUAUACAAAACAUGAAAAUAGUAGGGAAUUUCUAGAAAUUUCUGAUGCAUAUAAUUAUUUUAAUAUCAACGAACAAACCGGUGAGUUGACAACAUUUUGGAGUAACAAUAAUAAUCAUAACAAUAAUGAUGGAAAUCAAUUCCAGUUCACGAAUCAAACGUAUCAUCUUCGACAGACUUUCACAACAUCACCUACCCUUGGUUUAUAUUUAUUAACAAUUCAUUUAAAAGAUCAAGGUAAACCACAACUUACUAGUGAAGUGAUAUUUUAUGUGAAUAUUAGUGAAUCAUUGAACAACAAUAAUGAUGCUUCAUUCAAUAAUUGGACAUUGAACAAUUCUUCAUCUUUAUUGAGUAAUAUUAUUAUAUUAAUUUUAAUUAUAAUAUGUAGUUUAAUUUUAGUAAUCAGUUUAAUCACAUCCAUAUUAUGGAUACGUUUUAAAACAAAUCAUUCAAUAAUUAUUGACUCUUCACUAUCGAAUAAUUCAUUUAAACAACACCACCAACAACACCACCAACAACACCAUCAACAAUAUAAAUCGAAUCGUAUUAUCAGUUCACAUUUGAAUGAACCAAAUGAAUUUCAACAUUUAAUAAACUUAUCUACAUUAAAUGAGCAAAACAAAUUUAUUCAAUCAACAAAUCAUGGAACAUUAUAUUUACCUUCAACAAUAAAUUAUCCGGUACCUGAAGAAUAUGCCGCCAUUUCACCAAGAAAACAAUUAUUAAAUGAAACUUUAAUGUUAACAGGACAACAAAAUGAGCAAUUCACUUCUUAUAUACCACCACAUCAACCAUUCUCAACAUCAUCUUCAUCGUCAGUACAAGUUUAUCCUUUGUGUACUACUACUAAUAAUAAUAUGAAUGAACAGAAUUACCACACGAAUAAUAUGUACAAUAUUACAACAAUGACUCAUGAUGCGAUCAAUAAAAGUAGUGAUUAUUACUCAUCAACCAUGCAAAAUCGAUAUAGUCCAUAUCCGUUAAACACUACAAUCCCAUUGGUUAUUAAACAUUCCAAUGAUCACAUGACAAUGACACAUGGAUGUAAUAUGGAUUUCUAUACAGCAGAUAGAAUAGAAUUAUGUCAUCAAGAUGUACACAUGUUAGGCAGUAAUAAUAAUAAUAUUUGUACAGAUUUGAUCAAUGGAACUAAUCAAACAAAUAGUCGAACUGGUAGUGAUAGUGGAGUGGAUAGUGGAAUAGGAAUCAUUGUUACUUCAGAUACACAUGUUCUACCUAUGUCAUCAUGGCAUCGGAUUGAUUUAGAUCAUACAAAAGUUAAUCAUGAUUCAAUUGAGAUAGAUAAUAGUAAUAAUAAACUAAUUCAUGGAAAUACACAAGAAUUGUAUCAUAAUGUUGUGAACAUUUCACCGACAAAUAUGGUAACACAUGAAGUACAACCAAUGGAACAAGAGAAAACUAAUUAUCUUCAAUUCAAUAUUUAA